GUGGAGGCCGAGCAGCAGACCAAACGCAGCUCUCUCCCGUUCCCCCGCAGGCCCGCACACACACUUCGUACCUUUGUUCACCACACCCAUGUUUCGCCGUCGUGGGUCUUCUCAGCAACAACAAGAUCAGGAGCAUCAUGAGCAGCAACCCGAGGCUAAGCUCAAUGAGCUGAGAGUUGCUCUUGGCCCGCUUUCUGGGCGCAAUUUAAUAUAUUGCACUGAUGCAUGCUUGAAAAGAUAUCUGGAAGCUCGUAACUGGAAUGUAGACAAAGCAAAAAAGAUGUUGGAAGAGACGCUUAUUUGGAGAUCUACCUAUAAACCAGAAGAAAUCCGUUGGCAAGAAGUUGCAGUUGAAGGUGAAACUGGGAAACUUUUCAGAGCAAAUUUUCGUGACCGUUUUGGAAGGAGUAUUCUGAUAAUGAAACCUGGAUUGCAGAAUACAACAUCAAUGGACACCCAGAUCCGACAUCUGGUGUACAUGAUGGAAAACGCCAUCCUGAAUCUUCCAGACGGCCAGGAAGAAAUGGUUUGGUUGAUAGACUUCACUGGAUUGUCUUUCAGCAUCAAUGUACCAAUUAAAACUGCUCGAGAUACUGUCACUAUACUGCAGAAUCACUACCCUCAGAGGCUAGCUGUGGCAAUUUUAUACAGCCCGCCACGAAUAUUUGAAGCAUUUUGGAAGAUUGUUAAAUAUUUCUUGGAUCCAAAAACAUUCCAGAAGGUGAAAUUUGUGUACCCAAAGAAUAAAGAGAGUUUGGAGCUCAUAAAAUCGUUUUUCGAUGUGGAUAAUCUUCCAACCGAGUUUGGUGGAAAAGCGACCAUGAAGUAUGACCAUGAAGAUUUCUCAAAAUUAAUGGCUCAGGAUGAUGUCAAAGCUGCAAAAUUCUGGGGAUUUGAUGAAAAGAUGGCAUCGGCUGCAACCACCGGCAACCAUGUUGCUGGAGCCGCAGUCGCACCAGAGCCCGAGUCUGUUGCUUAGGCCAAGACUGGAUCAUAACCGACUGCUAACUGCUGCUGUAGAAGGUAAAUAUAGUAACCUUAAUGGUCUAUCUAGUCUCAUUUAUACAAUCUAGCCAUGAAUACUAGAUGAAUGGUGACAAAAACACUCUUGCUUAUCGUCCUGCUGAAAUUUAUGUCAUCUUCGAAUUCUCGAUACUUUACUCAUUACACCUAGUACUUAUAAUCUGCACACAAUACAUGUUGCGUGUUUGCAUA